AUGUCCAACGAGCGAAACUUGCAGCCUUCCAACGAUAAGGACAGCAAGAGCAGCAGUGAGCAUAACGAGCUCGAUGCCUUUCGAAUCGACGUCUCCCACCAAGAGAUGGCUAUGAUCAUGCUCGAGAUGGAGAAGUUCUGUGCAACGUGUCCUGAGGAUACUUGGAUCCCGCUGGAAGACGGCAUUCAGUGGCUGUGCACAAGCUUGGGCUAUGAGGAUAAGGAUGAAUUCGAAGAUGCUAUCAAAGGUAGCUUCAAAGACUUCCUCUCAAAAUUACCCCAGUUCGAAAUGAAAGAGCAAGACGGCAAGUGGUAUUUCAAGCCUAUUGCAAUCAAGGAGGACUUGGAUAAAUCUACCUGGGAUCGACCACAGAAGAUGACACUACAUAUCACUGAGCGGAAGCAGCUGUGGACCACCUUCUUGAAGAGCUCCUAUGCUCACGUCGAGAUACCUGAGCUCGAGUUUGGGAUUGGUGCUGAUAUGACUAGACAAGUAGACACCAUCUACAACUUCAUCGCUGCUGCCGUCCUCAACUUGAGCGAUUAUAUCAAGGAUCACCAGAAGAGUAUGUCGGAAGAUCAACUUGAAAAGAUGUGUGAUGCUGUCGCCGAACUGAAUAGGAUUCUCGAUGUUGAUGAGCCCUUCACCUGGAUUGUGCAUGAUCCCAGCGGUCGGAGUUGCUUCAAGCCUGCUGAUGACGUGAAGGUUGAGUACCUUGAUUUGGAUACCAUCAGUGAGGAAGGAGAGGAGGAGGGGGAAGGACAGCAGCAGCAACAAUAG